AUGACUUCCCUUGAUAAACUCAUCAAUAAGGCCACUGAUGAAACCCUAACUUCCGACAACUGGCAGUACAAUCUCGAUGUUUGCGACUACAUCUCGGCCAACCCCGAAGAGGCCACCAAACAAGCGAUAAAAUUCAUCACCAUCAGACUCAAUCUCAAGGACGCUAAUGUCAUCCUUAGGACAUUAUCCCUUCUCGUAGCAAUUGCUGAGAACUGUGGGUCCAGGAUGAAGCAAGAGAUUGCCACAAAGAGCUUCCUCCAAGAUUGUUUACUCAAACGUCUUGGUGAUAAGAAGUUACACAAAACCGUCAAAUAUGCUAUAGCUGAUGUGGUGAAACAAUUGAACCAAUCGUUCAAGAGUGAUCCCUCAUUGAAGCCAAUGACCGAUGCUUACGAUAUUUUAGCCAGAGACUAUCGCCAGUACCUCCAAGGGGCUGGUGGUAGCGGUCCUGCCAAACCAGACAAAACCCAAAUGUCGCACCACGAUAAGGCUAAGGAGGACGAAGACUUACAGCGAGUUUUGAAGUUAUCGUUACAGGAAUAUGAACGGGAACAGCUGGUUAAGAAAGCUUACCUCGAUAAGCCAUUACCUGAGACCAAACCUACCGCCAAUUCUGGCGAUGAUGGGGAAGAGAAGACCAUUGCUACGGUUUCUAAGGUGAGAGCAUUGUACGACUUAAUUUCCUACGAGCCGGACGAACUCUCGUUCCGCAAAGGCGACAUUAUCACGGUAAUUGAGUCAGUUUACCGCGACUGGUGGCGAGGAUCUCUCGCUAAUGGGAAAGUGGGUAUUUUCCCCUUAAACUACGUCACUCCCAUAAUUAACAAGUCUCCCAAGGAGCUUGCGGAGGAAUUGGACCAGGAGAAUUUGAUUUUGGCCCAGCUGAAGAAGAUAGAUCGAUUAUUGGCAUUGUUAUCGGGGCCUGGUGCCGAUGAGGACGAAGUCAAUGGUUUGUAUAACGAGAUUUUACCUCUUAGACCAUCGUUGGCCAAGUCUAUCGAGAAGUACAGCGUACGGAAGGAAGAGUUGAUGGCAUUGAACAGCCAGUUGAACGGUCAGGUGAAGUAUUACAAUGAAUUGACUGAUAAUGUGAUUAACCUGAAGACGAGGUACCAGGCUACUGGUCAAGCACCAUAUCCACAAUGGGGUGCUGGAGGGUAUCCACCUGCUGCUAUGCCACCACAGAGCUCGGGAAUGCCAACACAGGGCUCGGGAAUGCCACCUCAGCCUUCAGGAAUGCCACCACAAAGUUCGAAUCAGGGCCAAUUGCCCAUGCAACCCACCAGUAAUGGCUUCGGCAACGAACGGUACGAUCAGAACCAGAACCUUUACUCCCAGAACCAACAUACUUACUCUCAGAACCAACACGCUUACCCCCAAGCCCAGCAUUCCCACCCCCAGGCCCAGUACCUGAACGUCAAUAGCUUCCCUUCAGUGAAUAAUUUAUAA